GCACGGGUACCUUUGGGCGUGUUCAUCUGGUGAAGGAAAAAAUGGCCAAACGUUACUUUGCACUGAAAGUAAUGAGCAUUCCUGAUGUCAUUCGACUGAAGCAAGAACAACAUGUGCACAAUGAAAAGUCAGUCUUGAAAGAGGUUAACCACCCUUUUUUGAUCAGAUUAUUUUGGACCAACCAUGAUGAACGUUUUUUAUACAUGUUAAUGGAAUAUGUGCCAGGAGGAGAACUUUUUAGUUAUCUGCGCAACAUGGGGCGUUUCAACAACAGCACAGGACUGUUUUACUCAACAGAAAUUAUUUGUGCAAUAGAAUACUUGCACUCCAAAGAAAUAGUUUACAGGGACUUAAAACCUGAAAACAUAUUACUAGACAAAGAAGGACAUAUCAAGCUUACUGAUUUUGGAUUUGCUAAAAAGCUGGUGGAUAGGACAUGGACACUCUGUGGCACUCCUGAGUACCUUGCACCAGAAGUUAUACAAAGCAAAGGCCAUGGAAGAGCUGUGGAUUGGUGGGCCCUAGGAAUUCUUAUAUUUGAGAUGUUGUCAGGGUUUCCUCCAUUUUUUGAUGACAAUCCAUUUGGUAUAUAUCAGAAGAUUCUUGCUGGCAAAAUAGAUUUCCCGAGGCAUUUGGAUUUAUAUGUAAAAGACCUUAUUAAGAAGCUGCUUGUGGUUGACAGGACAAGACGAUUAGGAAAUAUGAAGGUGAAGAAGGGAAAAGAUGCACAGUCAUCCAUGUUCCCUGAACAUAUUGAUCUAAGUAAUGAUGCUAGAACCCGCUGCCCAAAGCUCCUUUUCAGAGCCUUUUAUGGAACAAACUUAGACUG